CGUGUACAGUAGGGUACAGUAUGGAUCGCCACCAAAACCAUUUUUCUUUUUACCAGAGACGCUCAGGUACCGCAAGCCACCGUACUUGGUCCCAUGUUUCUGAAAGGUAGCUUGCUCCUUGGGUGUCUGGCUGGUUCACUUCUUUGCUCUUUACACAAACUUUUUGUUCGCUCCCUCGUUCUUUCAUCACAUUCAUUCUUUAGAAUCGUCGAUCUGGUAUCGAUCUUUUCUACAAUCAACCGCACUAUAUCAUCUUUGAAUACAACUGGCUGUAGCUGAAUAUAGCCAACAGCUACUGCUACAACAACAGUGUGCCUAUUGUAGUAAACACACGACACUCGAUCGAACCGAUACGGGAAUAAACCCCCCCAAAAUCACAUAUUUUUCAUUCCACACAUCAUGAAGCCGUCAUUGACAGCAGCUCAAGCUGUCGGUGCAGUUUUGGCUGUUGCCAGUGUUGCCAACGCUCAGGUGUCGCCAUAUUCCAUCGACACGCCAGAUGCCAUCAAGAAGACUAGUGCCCAAGUGGCAUGGGACAUGCUGAAAAUAUACUAUCGAGGAAACCAGACUGGCCAAAUUCUGGGUAUGCUGCCAGGGCCUCCCCCUGUGGGUGACUACUACUGGUGGGAGGCCGGUGCCAUGUGGGGGACACUGAUCGAUUACUGGCACUUCACGGGUGAUGCCUCCUACAAUUCCGAGAUUAUGGCAUCGAUGCUCUUCCAGACUGGCGAUGACAACAAUUACAUGCCUGCCAACGAAACAAAGUCCCUCGGCAAUGAUGACCAGGGAUUCUGGGGCAUGUCCGCUAUGCUCGCAGCCGAAACCAAGUUCCCCAACCCACCCAAGGAUAAACCUCAAUGGCUCGCGCUGGCGCAAGCAGUUUUCAAUACACAAGCUAGCCCUGACAGACAUGAUGGUACAUGUGGUGGAGGUAUUCGUUGGCAGAUUCCCUUUGCUAACGCCGGCUACGGUUACAAGAACUCUAUUGCCAACGGCUGUUUAUUCAACCUGGGUGCCCGGCUUGCGAGAUACACUGGUAACCAGACCUACGCCGAUGUAGCGAAUCAAACAUUCGACUGGAUCUGGAAAAUUGGCUUCAUGGACCACAACACAUAUGCUGUUUACGACGGUGCUACUGUUGAUACUGGGUGCAAGGAGAUUAACAAGGCCGAAUUUUCAUUCAACAAUGCCAUCUAUCUGCAAGGCGCCGCAUUCAUGUACAAUUUUACCGAAGGCCAACCCGACGUGCAAGCCCAAUGGAAGGCAAGGAUCGACGGUCUGCUUGACCAUGGUAUGAAGAUGUUCUUCAAAAACGGAGUCGCCUACGAACCAGCGUGUGAGGGCGCCGGCACUUGUACAACAGACAUGCUUUCGUUCAAAGGAUAUGUUCACCGGUGGUAUGCUCAAGCCGCCCAGGUGGCUCCGUACAUCGCCCCCAAGGUCCUGCCGCUUCUCCAGUCGUCAGCCAGAGCCGCCAUUGCGACAUGCAAUCUGGUUGAUUAUGGCCGACAGUGCGGAUUCAAUUGGGCUGGCGGCAAAUCUGUUGGCACUGGAUGCGGACAGCAGAUGAACGUGCUCGGCGCCACGUCUUCGUUGCUAGUUACACAGGUCGACGGACCAGUCACAGCCAAGACUGGCGGCAUCUCAGAGGGCGACCCUAAUGCCGGACAGGAUCCUAACAGUUUCGAGAGGAAGCCCAAGCCCAUUACAACAGCGGACAAGGCUGGUGCUGGCAUUGUCACCUUCCUGCUAAUUGCUAUAGCGGGCGGUGUUUUCGGCUGGAUGAGCUUUGGUUUCUAGUGUCUUGGCGUGGGUUUGCUUGCAUAUCUGGGUUGUAGUCCCGGGGACAGGAGUUUGGAGCAGGAAUUGCUUUUUGUCGUUUUUACUUUAUUUCCCCUGGUUGUUUAUACGGGUUAUUACUUGUACGGAUCUUAUGUCUAGCAUGGAUAUUUAUCGCUUUGGACGCUCGUCGGAUCCCCUGUAUUUUAGAGUGAGAAAUUCUAUGUGUACACUCAAUUCAGUGCAUUCAAUCCAGUCUAUCUACCAAAUUCAUUCCGUCUCUUCCAAUUCCUCUUGAGCAGCAAACACGUAGUGUCAGCUUGAGGAGGACGUAAGACGCGCCUGAAACCAGCGCCAUCCCAAAGUACCGUCCACGGGAGAAAGGGGCUCUGGAUCGGGGCUAGCGUCCUGCGCAACGCCUCAUCUUGGGUGAGGGGAGCAAUGCGGUGGCAUGGGCAAAGUGGCCCGCGUGACGUUGAGUGGGACACCCAGGCGAAGGCGUUUUUGCGGGGGAGGAGAAGUUUUUUUUUGAUGGGUUAUGGGAGAUCGUGGGUGAGCAGCGAAGAGGAGAUUUGGCGGCAAAGACGACAUUGUUUUUGCUUCCCUGGUGGUAUUGUUUAUAUUUCUUCUAAUUCAUCAUCGUCGUCUUCUUCUUUCAUCUUUGUCAUCACCAACAGCAUGACCAGCCACACAGUACUGCAUU